AUGACGCUCGAGGCGACUAUGAUCAUUGUGGACAAUAGCGAAAGCAGCAGAAAUGGAGACUACUUGCCAACGAGAUUCGAAGCUCAAGCCGAUGCUAUCAACCUAGUUCAUUCCGCAAAGACGCAAGCAAACCCAGAGUCUUCAGUCGGCCUAAUGAGCAUGGGUGGAAAUGGGCCAGAGGUGUUGGUUACCUUUACCGUAGAUAUUGGCAAGAUCCUAGAAGGACUUCAUCGAACGAAGAUCCGGGGGAAUGCGCAUCUCUCUUCGAGUAUACAAGUUGCACAUGUGAGCGUGGAGACAUUUUCAGAGGCAUUUUUGGCCCUCAAACACCGAAAAGAACGCGCACAGCGCCAGCGCAUCAUCGUUUUCACAUGCUCUCCCAUUUCCGAAGAUGAAAAGACGCUCGUGAAACUUGCAAAGAAAAUGAAGAAACACAAUGUAAACGUCGAUUUCGUUGCAUUCGGUGAUCUCGACUCGGACACGGUGAAGAAGCUAGAAGCUUUCCAUGAGAACGUGAAUAGCGGCAACGGGUCACAUCUUGAGAUAAUACAUCCUGGCCCGAAUCUUUUGAGCGACUCGCUGGUUGCCACCCCAAUUAUUGGUGGGGAGGGCAUGGGAGGUCGAGAAGGAGAGGAAGGAGCCAAUGGGUUCGAAUUUGGUAUCGAUCCCUCGGCAGAUCCCGAGCUCGCUUUUGCCUUACGGAUGUCCCUGGAAGAAGAGAAAGCACGUCAAGAGAAGGAGAAGCAAGAGAAAGAAAAAGACAAGGCUUCGCUAGAAGGCAUUCCGGAGGAAUCACAACCACUCCUUAAUCAAAGUGGUGAACCUAGCGGAAGCAACCAGGGUCCGCCUGGUGACAACCGGAAAGACAAGGGGGACGAUGGGGAUAAGAUGGACACCUCAUGA